CGCCUUCUGCUCCAAACGCGGGCAUGUUCACUCUCGCGAUUCUCUCCGUGAAAACAUACCGCGGAAGUACUUCAGAAUGCAGUGGAGAGGAUAUUCCAAAAUAUAACGUGACGAACAAGCGACAGCCGUUCUUCAAUCCGGUAAUACCCGAGGAGGUCAGCGAUCGUCGAUUGCGAUUGGUAAAAACGUUGGAGAAUUUGAUCAAUCAAAGAUGAGUGACAAGCAGAAAGUCCUCAUCUGCGGGGACGUGGAGGGGCACUUCAAGUUCCUAUUCUCCAAGGUGGAUGCCAUCAACAGGAAGAGCGGCCCGUUCGACUUUCUGCUGUGCGUCGGCAAUUUCUUCGGCGACGACAACUCCGAAUUGGAGCCGUACAGGUCCGGCGAGAGGACCGUCCCGGUGCCGACGUACGUCGUCGGUCCCAACCGCGAGUCGGACCUGCAGGACUAUCCCGACGAGGACGGAUGCGAGCUCUGUCAGAAUCUCACCUAUCUCGGUAAACGCGGUCUGUACACCGCCAGCUCGGGCCUCAAGAUAGCGUAUCUCAGCGGAACCGAGGGAGCCCCGUCCAAGAGCAAGGCCGUUCACUUCGACGAACACGACGUCGUGUCCGUCCGGAACAGUUGCUUGAAGGGCCAGCCGAGUUUUCGCGGCGUGGACAUCCUGUUGACGUCUCCGUGGCCGGAAGGCGUGACCAAUCUCGACGCCAACAAGCCGGAGUACAAGUACGAGGGCUCCAAAUUGGUCGCCUGGCUCGCCACUCAUGUUAAACCUAGGUACCACGUGUCGGCCUUGGAAGGGAUUUAUUACGAACGGCCGCCGUACCGAAAUCAAUGCCAGGGUGACGGAAAUAUGGAGAUCGCCACUAGGUUCAUAGCGCUCGCGCCGGUGUUGAACGACCAGAAGAAGAAGUGGUUGUACGCGUUGAAUUUAACUCCUGUCGACAGGACCAGGCUGUCGGAUCUGAUUAUGAAGACGACGGACGAGACGCCGAGUCCGUAUCCCAAGUCUAUGCUGUCCGACGAUCCGACCUCGCAGAAGCAGGCUCACACGCAGUUUUUCUACGACAUGGACUCGAAAGACGACGCGAAGAGAUCGCGGCAUCAGAACAGCGGCCACAAGAAGGCGAAGCUGGAGUUCGACCAGUCCAAAUGUUGGUUCUGCUUGUCCAGCCCGGUGGUGUCCAAGCACCUGGUGAUCUCCGUCGGCACAGAGAUCUACUUGGCGCUGGCGAAGGGCGGCCUGGUGGAGGAUCAUCUCCUGAUUCUACCGAUAACGCACCACCAGAGUCUGUCGAUUCUGCCGAAAAACGUGAAGGAGGAGAUGGACCUCUACAAGAAAGCCGUAACCAAAUACUACGGGAGCACCGACAGAGUACCUGUGUUCUUCGAGAGAAACUUCAAGACGUCCCACUGUCAAUUGCAAGCGGUACCUGUUCAUAAAAAUCAAGCACCCGCGCUGAAAGAAAUGUUCGAGGAACUGGCCGAAUGUAACAAUUUCAAGAUAUCGGAGCUGCCACAGCACACAGAUUUGCAGCAGGUCGCUAAACCCGGCGUUCUAUAUUUUUAUGUAGAACUACCGGACGGAGGAAUCUUGUAUUACAGGAUCAAGAAAGACUUCCCGCUACAAUUUGGUAGAGAAGUAUUGGCAUCCGACAGGAUAUUAGAUAUCAACGAUAGAUCCGACUGGAAAGAUUGUCAUAUGAGCCAAGAGGAAGAGACUGAGCUAGCGAAGAAGAUUAGAAAACAGUUUGCAUCGUUCGACAUAGACACUUGAAAAUAUUCGUAUUAUUUACGCUUUAUAAAUAUAAUAUGCGUACAGUAGUGUAUAUACUAUUUAUGUGGAAUACGUAAUUAUAAAAUUAGAAUUUUAUAAUU